AUGAGCUUUAUGGGUGUCGAGGACGCAGUCAGUAUUGCACUGCUGGUGAUCACAAUCACCUUCAAUAAUGUACCUGCCUUCUACGUACUUUGCUCAAUAUUAAUUAUUUACAUCGCCUAUACGUACGGCGAUUUCCUUUAUCGAUCAUUCCAGACACUUCAUCGUGAUUUAAGUGGUCUCUAUUUGCUACUGGUGGUUAAGUAUGAUCUGAAUAAGAGACUGAGGGAGAAUCGCCCGUUGCACGAACUCUUCCUCGAUAUCGUCGCUAAAACUCCGAAGAAAAUAGCAGUUGUGGAUAUUGAAACGGAACGAAGGUUUACAUUCGAGCAGUUUAACAACGAGGCGAACAAAUAUGCUAACUAUUUUCAGUCGAUUGGCUAUCGAUAUGGUGAUACGAUUGCGAUAUUUAUGGAGAAUAGUGUUGAUAUGGUUGCAGCAUGGGUUGGAUUAUCGAAACUGGGUGUGAUAACGGCGUGGAUUAACAGCAAUCUCAAGCUAGAACCACUAGCACAUUGUAUCAAUACUUCGCAAGCAAAGUCUGUUAUAUGCUCAAAGAAUCUCGUUGAAGCGAUGCGAACAACCAUUCGAAAAGGCCUUAUUGAGAAAGCAGAACAACUGGAAUUGUAUUCGAUUGCUACAACUGAUUCGGAAACGAUUGACCUGACAAAGCACCUUGAAAAGAUGAGCAUUGAGGAACCGAAGAAACUCGAUAAUGUUGACUUUAAAAGCAUUUUGUCGUACAUCUAUACGAGUGGCACAACUGGAUUGCCGAAAGCAGCCGUAAUGAAACAUUUCAGAUACUACUCAAUGGUGAUGGGAUCAGCUCGUUCAUUCCGUAUCAAUCCAUCGCAUCGAAUCUACAUCUCGAUGCCACUCUAUCAUACUGCGGCUGGCAUAAUUGGCAUUGGUCAGGUCAUUCUCACAGGAUGUUCAACAGCAAUUCGGAAAAAAUUUUCGGCGAGCAAUUUCUGGAAGGACUGUGUCAAAUACGACUGCACGGCGUCACAAUAUAUCGGUGAGAUUUGUCGUUAUUUGAUGGCACAACCGGAAAUUCCUGAAGAGAAGAUGCAUAAGGUCGAGUUGAUGUACGGCAACGGAUUACGUGCUGAAAUAUGGCAAGCAUUUGUGGAUCGAUUCCGAGUGCGAAUCGGUGAGGUGUACGGCUCCACUGAAGGAACCUCAAAUCUUGGAGGCAUCCCUCUAUUUCAAAUCCAAGCUCUUGGUUUCGAAUCUCUCUCAAUAUUAUGUUGUCACGAUAGUUUUUGCUCAGUGAAUAUUGAUGGCCGAGUUGGAUCUUGUGGAUUCUUACCGAUAUCACCGUUAACAAAACGGAUACAUCCAGUUCGAUUGGUCAGAGUUGAUGAUGUAACAGGCGAUGUGAUACGAGGCGAAGACGGUCUUUGUAUACCUUGCAGACCAGGCGAAACCGGUGCAAUGUUGUCAACAAUACGCAAGAACAAUCUGUUGUUGAAGUUCGAAGGAUACUUGAACAAAGGCGAAACCAAUAAAAAAGUGAUCUAUGAUGUGUUUCGUAAGGGUGAUAGUGCAUUCGUUUCGGGUGACAUUCUACACUGGGAUAAACUUGGCUAUUUGUACUUCAAAGAUCGAACAGGAGAUACGUAUCGAUGGAAAGGCGAAAAUGUUAGUACGACAGAAGUGGAAGCCAUAUUGCAUCCGAUGAAGUGUGUUGCUGAUGCUACGGUCUAUGGAGUGACUGUGCCGGGAAUGGAAGGACGUGCAGGUAUGGCAGCAGUUGUAAUGAGUGAAAAUGCUUGCCGAAGUGAUGAGGCUAGUUUAUUCAUUACUCCAUUCAAGUCGAUCUUUAAAGAUACAAUGAGCAAAAGUUUACCAUCUUAUGCGGUGCCGGUGUUCGUUCGAUUGUGCAGUGCAGUUGAUAAAACUGGAACAUUCAAAUUGGUAAAAACGCACUUACAAAAAAUCAGCUAUCGGCCUUACUCCUGCUACGGUAGAGUUUUCUAUAGAGAUCCGUCAACUGGACAGUACAUACCUCUCGAUGAAACGACUCUCAAUCGCAUUGAGAAGGCUCAAUUCUCGAAAUUAUGA